UUUUUUCUUGCGUUGCUGAGUUAUUCUGGAAGAUAAAUAAUCACUGGCCACAAAGAGCCGUGUAGUUAAGAAGAAGAAGAAGAAAGAAGGGGGGCCUUUAUUCCUUAUAAGGCAUCAUUGGAGUACUUGAGUACUGUGAAUGGGUGUUUGCACUGUUAUUGUUCACAGUCUGUUUCAUGCAGGCAAGAAGCUCAGAACACUACCAGGAAAUUACAAGCGGCUGGUAGCAAAACAAAACGAGCAUUUAGCGAAGCAGCUUCUUCAACUAACAAUCAAGAACGUGACUAUGGGAAAAUCAGCUUCCAAACAGUUUGCAGACGAAGUAUUAAAAGCCCACAAUGACUACAGGAAGAAGCACGGUGUUCCUUCACUAAAACUCUGCAAAAAGUUAAACAGGGAAGCCCAGCAGUAUUCAGAAGCACUUGCUAGCACAAGAACCCUCAAACACAGUCCUGAAUCUAGCAGUGGAAAAUGUGGAGAAAAUCUAGCAUGGGCUUCUUAUGAUCAAUCAGGGAGUGAAGUAGCUGACAGAUGGUAUAAUGAAAUAAAAAAUUACAAUUUUCAGAGCCCGGGAUUUUCCUCUGGGACAGGACAUUUCACAGCAAUGGUUUGGAAGAACACAAAAAAGAUGGGAGUUGGAAAGGCUGCAGCAAGCGACGGCUCCACAUUUGUGGUGGCGAGAUAUGAGCCUGCUGGCAAUAUCGUAAACCCAGGACAUUAUGAACAAAAUGUUCUACCGCCAAAGAAAUAACUUGGUCAGGGGGAAAGGAUUGUUUUAAGCAGCUAACGAAGAGCAAAACUGAGAAUCCAUUCUAUUAGAUUGAACAGACCUUUUUUAUAUUAAAUGAAACUGAAUGGUCCCCUACGUUUUAAAACAAUGUUUAGAACUUACAACAGAAACAUCAGCUUCAGUCAUAUUUAACAGAGAAACAGUCCUGCAUACCAAAAUGCACUUUUGCAUGGAACCAGUGCUAAAGGAUAGAGGAGCUGCAGCAAGGCCAAAACGUGGACUAUGCAAAAAUGAGUCCAUGUGGGAACAUAUUGGUUUAAAACUUUGCAUUUGUGUAAGGUCCCUU